AUGGGUUCUAUACAAAAUGACAUCGACAUCAAAGGCGAUGAGCGCAGGGAGAUAACGAUCUUGGUGACCGGGUUUGGCCCAUUUCAGGACAAAUUUCCUAUCAACCCUUCGUUUGAAAUUGCGAGGUCUCUGCCGGAUCUCCUGCCAUCGACGUCGCCACAGACCAGACCGGUCCGCAUUAUUCCGUAUGGCCAUCCGAUUCGGGUUGCGUACGGCGAGGUUCGAGAGCUCGUGCCGAAGCUACACGAUGCAUACGCUGGUACUGUAGACCUGGUUCUUCACAUUGGCAUGGCUUCCGGUCGCAAAUUCUACUGCGCUGAGCGUUUCGGCCACCGGGAUGGAUACUGCAAGAACAAAGACUUGGAUGGCAAGAUGCCAGCCCUAGACGAGGGCAAGACAACAUAUGGCGACUGUCCCCAGACCAUGACUACAUCACUGGACUAUGAGACAUUGAUACAUGAUUGGGACGAAAAUCUCGACCGCAUGCUCAAAGGUGAUGCGCGGGCGCAUGCUGAGCUCCAAGCCAGUAACGAUGCUGGCCAUUAUCUGUGCGACUACAUCUAUUUCAACAGCCUAGCAUAUUUCGGGAGGAAAAGCGGUGUGAUGGAAGGUGGUGAGGCAAAGGAUCGACCAGUGCUGUUUCUGCAUGUGCCCGCGGAGAGCGAUGGAGACAUGAUAGACCGGGGCCGCGCAGUUGCGCUUGCUCUUAUCCGAGCGAUGGCAGACAGUUACUCGAGGAAAUAG